CGAGGAUGACAACGAUCUUGAGAUCGGUGUUUGAGUACGAAUCCAAUGACACGAAAGUGUUGAACUUCAAAGUGGACGAAAAGUUUAUUGUCAUCAAAGAGACCAAACCAUACGAUUGGGUCUAUUGUGUGAACACUUUGGGACAAUUGGGUUACGUUCCCAAAGACUAUGUGGUCGCCGAACAGCGGAUCCCCGAAAGUGAUUUACUGGCUUUGAUUGACUCGAUUGCCCAGCAGUUGGACUCCAAGCACAACGACCCCAAUGCCAUCACUGACCGACAGGUCAAACACGCGCAGAUAAAAUUGGCGCAAAUCCGGUGCGAAGUCGUGCAGAUGAUCUUCAAGAAGAAGACACCCGAAGUGAUACCAGAAGUGGACACCAAUGAGUCCGAAGAGGAGACACAAUGUGUGGAUCAGUUGAAAGAGGAGAAGAGUGUUGACAAACUCGAAGACGACACUCCGAUGAGUAAAGGAUUGGAAACCAAUUGUAUUUCAAGUAAACCAAAGGUUAAGAGCGAUAGGGGUUUGGAGACAAAAGGGCCGGAAGUGUUGGAUUCGGCCAAAAGCGUGCAAAUGUGUGAUUCACUCAUUCCAGAGCUCAUCGAAAGAGUUAGGGUUACGUCAGAUCUGAACCAUAAUAUGUGUGUCUUAACCGUCAAGACAGUCAUCCAAUGCUUGUCCGAACGCAUCCCCGAAUGGAGCGGCGAUUGUCUGAACAUAAUCAAAGAGUUGUCCAAAAACACAGAUAAUCCCAACGUUUUGGUCCAGAGUUCAGAUUUAGUGAACUUAAAGUCCGUCUUCCGGAAGCUGUGGUUCUGUAAGAAUGAUGAACAGCAACGAAAUAAUCCCAUCCAUAGGGAUGAAGAGAUUAUCAAACAAUAUCUCGAAGACUUGCUUCAGAUUAUAUCGAACGCCAAUCCGGCGCUCAUUAAGGAUGAGAUUUGCGGUCAAAACUACGAGAGGAUCGAUAUGUUGGUCGCGUACUAUCAGAUGGAAACCAGAAGAUCAUUGCGGAUGAAGUUGUACUCUAUAUUCAUAUGUCUUAUAUCUCUGUUCGAGGACAUGGUCUCGGAUUUUAUGCUCACGUCUGUAUUGCCAUCAGAGUUGGCCGCAGAGAUGCAGCACUACGUGGACGACACCGAGCGCUGGUGUUCGGCAGCGCUGGUCUUCACAGCCAUCUUCAGUACCGGACAUAAGCCUCCGAUUAAUAUCUAUUCGCAUAUAAACGAAAAGUUCAUUUCAGAGGAACUGGAUUUGAUUGAAUGCAUGGAUUCUCACGGAAACCGAAUUAAUAGUCAAAUCUCAGCCGAGAAUAGUAUCGCACCAUUGCUUGCAUUCAACAUUCAUUUCGACAACCCAUCCGAGAAUCUGGUCCUCAAAGCGCUCUCUAACAGACAAAAUGCCAGUCAAUUGACUGAGAAUUUGAUUUCUUAUUUGAAUUGGGAGGAAGACAUCACUAAUGUGUGCGCCGGUAGUCGGCAAACAGAUAGACAACAAUUGGAGGCCAAACCUAAUUCUGCUCUCAAGUUAUUAAUUGAAAUGUUUGCAAAUCCUAUUACUUCUAAACUAUUUUAUUACAAGUGA